AUGACUUAUCCUGAACAAUUCCAAGGUUUCGCUACCAACGACCCAAAAGACUGGGCUCAUCCAAAACUCACCAGCUACCAGCCCAAGAACUUCGAAAGUCAUGAUGUGGACAUCGAAGUCGAAUGCUGCGGUAUUUGUGCUUCUGAGCUGUUUGCUCUUCAAAACGGUUGGUCUCACGAACCCAUGGCUUGUCUGAGCUCCAAAUACGGACCCAAAACGCAAGUGGUAGGACACGAAGUGGUGGGAAAAGUCGUGGCCGUUGGUCCCGACGUCACACUAUGCAAGAUCGGCGAUAGAGUCGGUCUGGGCGCCCAGGCCUCAUCCUGCAUGCAAUGUUCCCGAUGCGCCUCUCAUAACGAACAAUACUGUCAGAAAUCCGUUGGCACCUACUGCUCCUCAUAUCCCGAUGGCUACGUCUCCCAAGGUGGAUACGCCUCCCAUGUUCGCGCUCACGAACAGUUCUGUUUCCCAAUUCCACCAGAAAUCCCUUCCGAGCUUGUGGCACCUUUGCAAUGCGGUGGGUUGACCGUGUAUUCGCCAAUCAAGCGUAGCAUUGCCGGCAAGACAAACCCAAAGGUCGCUAUCAUUGGUAUUGGUGGUUUGGGGCACAUGGCCAUCAUGAUCUCCAAAGCCUUGGGUGCUGAAGUGUACGCCAUUUCUCGUGGUUACUCCAAGAAAGACGAUGCCAUGAAAAUGGGCGCUCAUAAGUUUGUCGCUACAGGGGAGGAGAACUGGCAAAAGGGUCUUUACGACGAGUUCGACUUGAUCUUGAACUGUGCGUCUUCCACCACUUCCUUGGAUCUCGACAAUCUUUUGCCCUGCCUAAAGGUCAACUGUAACUUUAUCUCUGUUGGCCUGCCACACGUUGACGAAGACUUCAAAGUAAAGCCAUUCACGUUCUUCAAAAACGGUUGCAACAUCGGUUCUUCCAAGCUAGGCUCUAGAAGCGAGGCCAUUGAAUUGAUGGAUUUGGCAGUGAAACAUAAUUUCAGGCCUUGGGUCGAGACUAUCCAGGUCUCUGAAGCCGGUGUUUCUGAAGGCCUCACUCGUUUGAAUGACGGUGAUGUUAAAUACAGAUUUACCUUGACCGGUUUCCACGAAUUCUUCAACACUGGUAAGCAGUAG